CGUGCGGUGACGUCAUGGCCCGCGCCAGCCAAUCGCGGGCGGCGCCUGUAGCCGGCUCCGCGGCGGCCGGCGGCCUGCGGGCGGCGCUGUGGCCUGUCGGGCGGCCCCACGGAGCCGCCAUAGCCGCCGGUCUUCCCCGACCCAACGUCUCCGCGCCGGCUCCGCGCCGCCGCCAUGGCCGACGUGGAAGACGCCGAGGAGCCCUGCGCCCUGUCCUCUCACUCCGGGGGCGCGGGCUCCAAGUCGGGAGGCGACAAGAUGUUCUCUCUCAAGAAGUGGAACGCGGUGGCCAUGUGGAGCUGGGACGUGGAGUGCGAUACGUGCGCCAUCUGCAGGGUCCAGAUGCCUGUCUUCGAUGUCAAGCUGAAAACAAACAAGAGGAUUGUGUUGUCUUGGACUACAAAAGUUGUCUUGGCUAAAUGUUUUAAGCAGUUCAAAGGAAGACAGCAUAUGGAGCUGUAUAGGAACCAGGGCCACCACAUCAUUAACGGAUUCUAGAGCUUGGUGGGACGUCCCCUAAGCACAAACCUUACACGUUGGUCUGGGGAGAAUGUAAUCAUUCCUUCCACAACUGCUGCAUGUCCCUGUGGGUGAAACAGAACAAUCGCUGCCCUCUCUGCCAGCAAGACUGGGUGGUCCAAAGAAUCGGCAAAUGAGAGUGGUGAAAGGGCUUCUUAGUGCAUUUGUCCAGAGCCCUGGUGGAUCGCCUUAUCAAGUGCCCUACAGCGACCAGGACACUCCGGAGGACUGAGUCUUCCAAUAGGAGGAGAUGGAUCUUUGGUCCUUGAGGACUCAUCCAAGGCAUUGGGUUAGCAUUUUGUCAGUUUCAUUUUCAGAAAUUCUCUACAAUUAAGAAGAUAAUUUAUUAAAGAUGGUCUUUCCUAUCUCUGUGGUAUGUGUCACACUGCUUAGAAGUGCUAUAAAGGAGGAGAGAACUACAAAUUGAAUGACCUUUAUAAUUUACUUAUUGAUAUGUAAGGGGCUGUGGAAGCAGUUCCGUUGGAAGAGAACUUAUGCAUGCUUUAAGGUUGAUCAGUUAAAAAAAAAGACAAUGUUAUAAUAACAAAUAAAAUGCAGUUUAAAACCCAACUCUUAUCCUUAAUUUGUUCUUGAUACUUAUUUUAGACAGGAAAGGGGGUGAUUCAUUAAAUAUUUAUUUGAUAGGACAAUUUUAAGUUUGGGCCAGAGAGCAGGGUAAAUAAGAUUUCAUCUUUGGGCAUAUGGGAUUUUGCUUGUCUUUUAGGUUAUCAUUCUCUAUCAUUGACUCAUCAAAAAACCCUAGAUCUGCACACCUCACUGUUCAGUCAUUCAGUGGGAAAGAACAGGGAUAUUUUCAAGUUUUAACCAGAUUAUGGUAUAAUUUAACUGUGUUUCAGGUGUACUGUUAAUAAGAAGGAAAUGUUUACCACUAUAGCAUCGGAUCAAAAAAAGUUUAUUUUAUUACACAGUGUUUUAAUAAACAGUUUAUUCUGUUUACUUCAUUUAAGUUGUCAUUAUUGCAAUUUUAUGCACAACCUUAAACUUGUUACUAAUAAACUGAUUUGUCAAGUGAA